AUGGCAAACCUCAAACACCCUCUCGCGUCGCUGAAGCGAUCGGCCACUGGUAUUAUGCAGACGUUAUUUUCGAUCGCCAUUCUCGCCAUCUUCGUCAUCUGCUUCCUAGUCCAGGACGAAGCGAUCACACUUCCAAAAUGGGCCAAAGCAUGGAACGGUCUUUCGUCCGAGCAACAGGAAAUCUACACUGCGGUUCUAAUUCCCGUCGUAUUAAUAUUAGCCCUGCUGUUCUUUUUCGCCGGCUUCGCUCUCAUGGUGAGAGAGCGGAGGGAGAACAGGGCGAAUUUGGCGAUGGCGGUUUAG